ACCAAUCCAUGUCCCACAAAAUACUUUAACCAGUAAUAAAUAUCCAAUGAUGAAGAAUUGAUCGGAAUAAACCACCUAUGCUGCGAAUUGUUUCUCAUCUUACUCACCAAUGGAAGAUAUGAGAGAUUCAACAGCAGUGCCACAUAUUGUGAAGAUUGUGAGGUUGGUUGUUAAGUUUCAUCCGCUAUUGACAGUGACCAACGUAAUCUUUGGAGUAAUAUUUCUAUAUGAUUGGAUUGAAGAGGAGGUGAGCAAUCAAUGGAAAAUUCUCAAGGUUUAUUGUCAAUCAACAAUGAGAGCUGUGCUAGAUCUGAUUAUUAAGAAGAUGAAGAAUCUAUCUAGAGCCCUCCAAAUGCAUCUCAACAACGAAGUAGCAAAGGGUCAGCUAAAGGCCAAGGUGAUUGGUAAACUUGCUUUGUUCUGUGCAACAUUUCUUUUGCUAGAUACAGAGUUUAGCUCAAAAUAUGAUAAAGAAGGGACCAAAAUGCAAUUAUUGUUGCUUUUUGGAAUGGGUCUGCUAACAAAUUCAAAGCCUUGGAGUCAACUAGGAAUUCUCCUUGGAAGUGUUUGUUUUAUGUCUACUAGUGGUAUUGAGACCACGGACAGAUCUUGGGUUGUUUAGUUUCAUUAUUGGAGUCAUUGGAUCCAUUACUUAUAACCGCUCUGAGUUCACGUUUACCACAUGGAUAAUUGCCUCUAUCUGUUUUAUAUUGUUCAGUUUCAAGAGUUGGUUAGAUAAGUACUGGUUGGAUUUGCAACAAGAUCCCUCUAUAAAUACAACAGCUGAAAGCACAGGCAUUAGCAUGAUUUUGAUUUUGGUAGGUUUACAUGUUGCACAUUCCUUCAUCAUAUGUUCUGCUAUCAAAUCUUCACUCUCCGACUAUAAAGUCUGGUUAGUUAA